UACCACUUUUUUCCUUUUUUUCUACCCCAAUCGUGUGUCUACAAAACAUAUUUCUUCACCUCUACAUCUCCUGAUCACCACCAUCAUCAUCUCCUUUUUCCCUAAAUUCACCUAGGGUUUCACUCCACAACCACCCCAAUUUCAUCACCAUGUACAACAACUUCAAAGAACAAGCAAUCCAGUAGGUAAAGCAAGUCGUACAAGAAGACAACGCCAGAAAUUACGCAAAACCUUUCCCUCUUUACAUGAACGCCUUGGAGUAUUUCAAAACUCACUUGAAAUACGAGAAAAACCCUAAGAUUCGAGAGGUGAUUACGCAGAAAUUCACUGAGGAGGAAAUUAGGGCUGUUAUGGAUGACGGUGGCACUAGACCGGCGGCGAACGGCGGUGAUGCGGUCGUGGCGGCGAGGCCGAAGACGAAAUCUAAGGAUGGGGAAGGUGGAGGUGGAGGUAGAAGGGGGGAUGGUGAGGAGAAUUCGAAAUUUAGGGCUGGAUUGAACUCUGCGAUUGUUAGGAAGAAACCUAAUGUGAAGUGGAGUGAUGUUACGGGACGUGAGAGUGCGAAACAGGCGUUACAGGAAGCGAUUAUUUAUUCUGCCCGUUAAAUUUCUGCAGUUCUUUACAGGCGUUGUAGGAAGCGGUACCAAAAGCAUCAUGCAAUACCCGACCUGAUGCGGAAGAUUGCUCCCUUUUCAUUCUAACUGGGACAUGCAAGCUUGGUUCGUUGUGCAAGUUCAAUCAACCAGUUUUAACGCAAAAUCUGGUAUUUACUCUCUUUGCUAGAUAAAGUUGGUUUUUUGGUUGAUAAAUAAUACUAUUUUGGGUGUAUUGAUUUGUGUUUAUAUGAUGUUUAGGUGAAGGUUGAUGGAAAUGUGGUGAGUUUUCCCUUUUAAUAUCAUUUUAUUGCACAUCACUACAAUGAAUUUAAGACUGUGUUCUGUGUUAUUGUAUCUAUUUAAUGCUGAAUCAUUUUUUUCUCUAAAAAUGGUUAUCUCUUGACCUGAAAUUUCAAACAAACUUUGAGCAUCAACCAUUGAUUAAUAAACAAUCUGUACACUAAUUUUCUCUAAAACUGGUUGAUUGAACUUGCAGAACGAACUGAACUCCCAGUUAGAAUGAAAAGGGAGCAAUCUUCCGCAUCGGGUUGGGUAUUGCAUGUACUGUUUCAUCUUUCUUUCACCAGGCAGAAAAUUUUUGUUGUUUUGAGUUAACUGCAGAAGGUUUACUUGAAUAGAUGAGACAGAGGUAUGUAUGUGGUUGGGACCAAAACGCCUGCCUGAUAUGUUUUGUUAUCAGGAAUGAAUCCGCGUCGAGUGGGCAAAUAUGAGGUUGGAAGGAAUGGACUAUUGGUGAAGGAACUUUUGCAAAAGUCAACUUUGCAAGGAAUUAUGAAACUGGUUACCAUGUGGCUCUCAAGAUCCUUGAUAAAGAAAAAGUCGUUAAACAUAAAAUGGCUCAACAGGUCCAUGGAUGCCUCAAAUAUUUAUUUACACUACUAUCUAACACAUCUUCACCUGCAUCUUCCGGUCAUUACACCGCUAAUAUCUGUAUUCUCCAUUCAAUCGCAUGAUAUUCUUGGCAAGAUGAUGCUCUGAUCUGGAGUGAAUCAGGGUACAAGCAAGACCAUCGUAUCUGCGACGGUGCUCCUGUCCGGUUCUGGUAGGAAGCUAGGGUUCCAACCAAUUUCUGGCGACUCAGAUGCGUUUCCAAUGAACCAAACGCUGGCCCGAAUAGAUGUGAGGUCUGAAUUUCUGCAAUCAUUUGUCAAUUUUGAGUAUUAAUGUCUGAUUUCAGAUCUAUUGUGUAUUGGUUUGUGGUAUUUUUUAUUUAUUUUUAUGUAUAAAAACAAAGCAAUCAUUUCCGACUUACUCUAAUUGUUAUCCAGCCUUUUAUGAUGAAUAUUGGGAUUUUGGUACUUAGAAAGUGUACGCACGCCAGAUGUUCGUCAAAAUGCUUGUAUGACAAAAUUUACAUUAGUUUUAUGGUUCACUAAUGAAUACACAGGUGGUGAGGUUGGUUUGUCGUUGUUCUUUGCUUGAUUUCUGAUUGGUGUGUUUAUGUUUUCAUAGCCGCAGCCGCAAGCUUUUCCGAUGACCCACUGUCGUAACGUUUCCACCUAUUCGAUUAGGGUUUGUUUGAACGGUUUUGGACAAAGUUGGUACGACUUGGUCAAUAUAGAAGUUAUGGAGGAGUUCUUUGGUGGAAAUCGGUUCAGGUUAGAAAGGGUUUAUAGGAACGUACAGAGGAGUGGCAUCUGAGGGGUCGGAUUCGAGAUAAUAUCUCCUGUCCAGAAGGGCAACAAGCUGAGAAGAAACAAGA